AAAAAAAUUUACAGGGGUUUAUUUCUCCAGAGAAUAUCGUAAUAUUGAGAGGAGGAUAACAUUAAUUCAUAUGCAAGUUUGUCGGAAAUACUAAACAUUAUCGUAAUAGAGGGAGUUAUUGUUGUAUCGGAUAUUGUAGUAGCGAGACUUCACUGUAUUUCAGUUCAUUGUUAAUACAAAGAAACAUUUUCAUCUGUUUUUUAAUCAAUAUAUAUAUGUUAGUGUUUUAUAUGUGAUAUAGAUUUUUUUACUCUUUAUGCAUAGGUAUUCUCAUAAGGAUGCAAUUCAGGUUCACUUGCAUUUUCUUACAAAUGUGUUCUCUACAGCUGGUUCUCCUGAAAUAUUUCAAUUAAAUCAUGAACAAGUUCAUAUAUUAUGGCAGUGUUUAGCUCAAGAUACAGAGUGUGCAGAUGAACUUUUUGGUUGGCUUCUCAAUCAGGCAAAAGGAAAAGAUCAACAUGCUACGAAUAUUUCUCUGUUUAAGCAUGCUCUCCUUGAAAAGGUAUGUUAUAACACCUUUGUUGCGUAGAGAUGGUUAGUACUACUGCAAUGAAGUGACAUUGUCAUACUAUUGUAAUGUUAAUUAAGUUUAAUAGCGUUCUUAAAAAGUGCC